AGUCCAGAUAAGGAGAUGGUGGAUCUCACCGAAGCUCACAUAGAGGUUCCCGAAGCUGAGAAGGAGGUCCCUUCUGCUGAGGAGGAGCAACCCGAGCAGGGUCUGACGAGGAAGAGGCGCCACUCGACCUUGGGCUCUACUUCGACCUCGGCCCUGGAUAGACUGAUCCACGCUGACCCUUGCUCGGAUGUUCCGCUGAAACGGAUCCCCGAGGAGGUAAGGGAGGCGAUGGCUCGCUAUGCUAGAGCUCCGGUUUUGGGGGAGAACCCCAUGGCUCACGUGGGAUCUUUGGUGGGUCCCGAAGCUGCACGGGAGAAUCUUCUUCGGGCCAACCCGCAGUGGAGGGUUCCUGGAGCUGAGGAGAGGAACCCAGCUAUGAUGGCCCAAUAUUAUCUGAAUGAGGCUGUUUUCUGGUCCUCGUUCGCUUCCGAGUGUAGCUCGGUUGAGGAGAGGCAACUGAGGAGGUAUCAGGAGGCUUAUGCUCGUGAUAUCCCUGUCUUGGACCAGAAGGCUGGGCAGCUCUUCGCCGAGCUGGUGGAGGUCAAGCAACUGUACCUUCAGUACAGUCGUGAGGCUAGGGAGUCGGCUGAGCGGAUCGGGGCCGAAACUCUUCGAGCUUUUCUUUCUGUAGACUUGCUGAAAACCUUUUGA